GUUGUUGAAAAGGAAACAGGAAAAGUUUCGUACGUGUGCGAUUAGGUUUCUAUUCAAUUCACGUAAAACAUUAAAAUUUCAACAAUUAAAGCUGUCCUGAAUAUAAAUGAUUCAUGCUUUAAAACGAGGAAAGAAAGUUUGAACGAUAUACACUCGAAUGUUUUUUCUACCAGAAGUGUACCGAUCACACAGAAGAAAAAGUUGAGGAUGAGUCGUUGUUUUCGGUCGUCUCAAUCUUCCUGGAUAUUGGUUUCGUUGCCCCUCAUAACUGUUUUCUUUUCAAGUUUCGCUUGUAUCUUUUCUUAUCUUAUCGGUAUAAACAAUGGAAAGAUCCACAGACUACCCUUUGUACCGUAUGUAAGUGAUACUGGCGAUUUAAAACCUCACUCCAGUGUUUUUACUUUUGGCAUGAUUAUGAGUAGCGGAUGUACCUUAGCUAUCUUGAUCGUUAAGUUUUAUCAAAUAAAAAACGAGUACAAAAUGGGCAGUGUUUUAAAUAAAGUAUCAUUCAGUUUUGGCUUGGUAUUCGUCUUUGGCAAAAUAAUCGUUGCGUGUUUUCAAUUGUCUUCGUAUAUAACACUCCACUUCAUAGGAGCUGGUCUAUAUUUUGUUGGAGCUACCUUGUACGCUACCAUGCAAACAUAUAUAACGUACAAAAUGAAACACAGUUGCUUUUUGUUUAUUGUGCGUUUUUGCUGCGUGUGUGGCUUGAUGGUCAACUUGGGCAUAUUUGCUGUGUUUAUGAUACCUGGUUUAACGCAUCAUAACAGAAACGGUGAAAACGUGGCGCAGAGUGCAGAAUGGACAUUGGUCAUAUUUAAAUGUAUUUUUAUGCUUACUUUUACGCAUGAUUUUUGGCAAACUGGUAUCAGGAUUAACAUACGUUUUAGCCAUAAUAUGACGGCCAACCUGCACUACGAAAACAAUGUCAGCGAUUGUGUUGAUGGAUGGCGUUUUACGACAACUGAACCCAUAGUUAUAUCUCCGUCACACCAGCCGGUAUUGUCUUCACCGUCAGUAAUGUUGACGGACAUAAACGUGUAAAAACUUCUACGUCGGAACUCGUCGGAGAGCGUCUUCUGUCAUCGAUGUGUACGUAGUGCUUGAUACUUUUGAAGACGUUACGUUUAUUUUGUGCGCGGUUUUGGGAAAAAAGAGAAACCACUAUAUUUAAACUUAGGAAUUAGUCAGCCUCCGAAUCUUAAUGUUGUCAAAGUUGGUGAUUGCAACCGAAAAAGUCACAAAACUCUCUCUCCUAAGCGCCAUUUAAAAGAUGUGGAAUUUUAAAAUUUGAUAAAAAUAUCAGGUUUAAGGACGACCGCUUCAAGCUAUUGCUCGCGUCAAAUUCUGUGGUGUCUAACUGUAACAUAUUUAUCAGGUCUCUGUCAUAGAGAUAUAAUAUAGUUAUCAAAUUAUAGUUAAAAUAAUAUAGUUUUUAAAAAAAUA